AUGGCGGCGGCAACGACACUUAUUUCGGACAGACAUUUUCCUGUCCUCCCUGCAGGCUGGGAGGCAGAGGGGGAUAUCAAGCGCUUAAAGUCGCUUUCUGCUGGUGUCCACCGCAGUCUCGAGCCGGUUGGCCCGCAGUACCUUGCCCAUGCCCGCCGCAUGAGACAUAACCGAACAUUCUCCGAAGACGAUCGGAUAGAGGCUGAGGCACGGGCCAAGACGGUCGAUGAUGGUGACAACGACGGUGACAUUAGCGAGCCUGAAGACCCCUCCCUGCUUCUUCGGGAAGCCAAGGAUUGGAAGAGCCAGGAUCACUACGCUGUCCUCGGCCUGAGCAAGUACCGCUACAAGGCCACGGAAGAACAGAUCAAGAAGGCCCAUCGCAAGAAGGUUCUCAAGCACCACCCGGACAAGAAGGCUGCAGCCGGGCGCACCGAAGACGACAACUUCUUCAAGUGUAUCCAAAAGGCAACGGAAGUGCUUCUCGACCCUGUCAGACGUCGCCAGUUUGACUCUGUGGAUGAGGAGGCUGACGUGGAACCGCCAACCAAGAAGCAGCUGGCGUCCGCACACAAGGCUGACUACUAUAAGCUCUGGAGCCGCGUCUUCAAAUCGGAGGCGCGCUUCAGCCGGACCCAGCCGGUUCCUAGCUUUGGCAGUGAGAAAUCGACCAAGGAAGAGGUGGAAAGCUUCUACAACUUCUGGUACAACUUUGACAGCUGGCGGUCAUUUGAGUACCUGGACGAGGAUGUUCCGGACGACAACGAGAACCGUGAUCAGAAGCGUCACAUGGAGCGCAAGAACACCAAUGCGCGCAAGAAGAAGAAGGCCGAGGACAACAGCCGCCUGCGCAAGAUCUUGGAUGACGCAUCCGCAGGUGAUGAGCGUAUCAAGCGUUUCCGCCAGGAGGCAAACGCGGCCAAGAACAAGAAGCGUUUGGAAAAGGAAGCCGCAGAGCUCGCAGCUCGCGAGGAGGCCGCUCGCAAGAAGGAGGAGGAGGCGCAGGCUGCAAAGGCGGCAGAAGAGGCUGCGAAAGCCGGCCGUGAAGCUGGAAAGAAGGCGAAGGAGGCUGCCAAGAACGCUGUCAAGAAGAACAAGCGUGUGCUCAAGGGCUCUGUCAAGGACGCCAACUACUUUGUCGCUGGUGGCGAUGCUUCGGCUGCUGCCAUCGACUCCGUCCUCGGCGAUGUUGAGGUUGUUCAGGGCCGUCUGGACCCCGAAGAGAUCGCCGGACUUGCAGCCCGCCUCAGCGGCCUCAAGGUGGCCGAUGAGAUUCGCAGUGUCUGGCGCAACGAGGUGGAACGCUUGGUCGGAGCUGGCAAGCUGAAAGCAGGCGAUGCCUCUUCGUUGGCGUAA